AUGCGCAUGGGAAAUGCCGGACCCGUCGGGGCACAGCCCCUACUCAUGGUGCCCAGACGUCCUGGCUAUGGCACCAUGGGCAAACCCAUUAAACUGCUGGCCAACUGCUUCCAAGUUGAAAUCCCAAAGAUUGAUGUCUACCUCUAUGAGGUGGAUAUCAAACCAGAUAAGUGUCCUCGGAGGGUGAACAGGGAGGUGGUGGACUCAAUGGUGCAGCAUUUUAAAGUGACAAUAUUUGGGGACCGUAGACCGGUUUAUGAUGGGAAAAGAAGCCUCUAUACAGCCAAUCCGCUUCCUGUGGCUACUACUGGGGUGGAUUUGGAUGUGACCUUACCAGGAGAAGGUGGAAAAGAUCGUCCCUUCAAAGUGUCAAUAAAGUUUGUUUCUCGGGUGAGCUGGCACUUGCUGCAUGAAGUGUUGACAGGAAGAACCUUGCCUGAGCCGCUGGAACUAGACAAGCCUAUCAGCACUAACCCUGUUCAUGCUGUCGAUGUGGUGCUACGACACCUGCCCUCCAUGAAGUAUACCCCUGUGGGCCGCUCCUUUUUCUCAGCUCCAGAAGGCUAUGAUCACCCCUUGGGCGGCGGCAGGGAGGUCUGGUUUGGAUUCCAUCAGUCUGUUCGGCCUGCCAUGUGGAAGAUGAUGCUCAAUAUUGAUGUUUCUGCCACUGCCUUCUACAAAGCACAACCUGUAAUUCAGUUUAUGUGUGAAGUUCUUGACAUUCAUAAUAUUGAUGAACAACCAAGACCUCUGACUGAUUCUCAUCGGGUAAAAUUCACCAAAGAGAUAAAGGGUCUAAAGGUAGAAGUGACUCACUGUGGAACGAUGAGAAGGAAAUACCGUGUUUGUAACGUAACGAGAAGGCCUGCGAGUCAUCAAACCUUUCCUUUGCAGUUAGAAAACGGCCAGACUGUGGAGAGAACAGUAGCACAGUAUUUCCGAGAGAAAUACAACCUCCAGCUGAAAUACCCUCAUCUUCCUUGCCUACAAGUGGGACAAGAACAGAAACACACCUACCUGCCUUUAGAAGUAUGUAACAUUGUAGCUGGCCAGCGGUGCAUCAAGAAGCUGACGGACAAUCAGACAUCAACUAUGAUAAAGGCCACAGCGAGAUCUGCUCCGGAUAGACAGGAGGAAAUCAGCAGAUUGGUGAGAAGUGCAAAUUACGAUGCAGAUCCAUUUGUUCAAGAGUUCCAGUUCAAAGUCCGGGAUGAGAUGGCCCAUGUGACGGGGCGCGUGCUCCCAGCUCCGAUGUUGCAGUAUGGAGGACGGAACCGAACAGUGGCAACCCCGAGCCAUGGAGUGUGGGACAUGCGAGGGAAGCAGUUUCACACUGGUGUGGAGAUCAAAAUGUGGGCUAUAGCUUGCUUUGCAACACAGAGACAAUGCAGAGAAGAAAUACUGAAGGGUUUCACAGACCAGCUGCGCAAGAUCUCCAAAGAUGCAGGGAUGCCAAUCCAAGGCCAGCCCUGUUUCUGUAAAUACGCCCAGGGUGCAGACAGCGUGGAGCCCAUGUUUCGACACCUCAAGAACACCUAUUCAGGGCUUCAGCUCAUCAUUGUCAUCCUGCCAGGGAAAACCCCGGUGUAUGCGGAGGUGAAGCGUGUGGGAGAUACGCUGUUGGGAAUGGCCACGCAGUGUGUUCAAGUCAAGAAUGUCAUUAAAACAUCUCCGCAGACCCUAUCAAAUCUGUGCCUGAAGAUUAAUGUUAAACUAGGAGGAAUCAACAACAUCCUUGUACCUCAUCAACGACCUUCUGUGUUCCAGCAGCCAGUCAUCUUUUUGGGAGCCGAUGUCACUCACCCUCCUGCUGGAGACGGGAAGAAGCCUUCCAUAGCUGCUGUUGUAGGUAGUAUGGAUGCUCAUCCAAGCCGGUACUGUGCCACGGUCAGAGUUCAGCGACCCCGGCAGGAAAUCAUCCAAGAUCUGGCCUCCAUGGUGAGAGAGCUUCUCAUCCAGUUCUACAAGUCAACACGGUUCAAGCCCACGCGUAUCAUCUUCUAUAGGGACGGGGUCUCUGAAGGACAGUUUCGGCAGGUUUUGUAUUAUGAACUGCUAGCCAUUAGAGAAGCCUGCAUCAGUCUGGAGAAAGAUUACCAGCCUGGAAUAACCUAUAUUGUGGUGCAGAAGCGACAUCAUACACGACUGUUCUGUGCUGACAGAACAGAAAGGGUUGGACGAAGUGGCAAUAUUCCAGCUGGAACAACCGUAGAUACAGACAUUACACAUCCAUAUGAGUUUGAUUUUUACCUCUGUAGCCAUGCUGGAAUACAGGGUACCAGCCGUCCUUCACACUAUCAUGUUUUGUGGGAUGAUAACUGUUUUACUGCAGAUGAACUUCAGCUGCUGACUUACCAGCUCUGCCACACAUAUGUGCGCUGUACACGAUCGGUUUCUAUACCUGCACCAGCGUAUUAUGCUCACCUGGUAGCAUUCAGAGCACGAUACCAUCUUGUGGACAAAGAACAUGACAGUGCUGAAGGAAGCCAUGUUUCAGGACAAAGCAAUGGGAGAGAUCCACAGGCCCUCGCGAAGGCUGUACAAAUUCACCAAGACACCUUACGCACGAUGUACUUCGCUUAAGUCAAUAAAAUGGGAGCAUACUCACUGAAAGGAAGAACUGAAAACUUAAGCCACAUACAAUGUAUGUUUCCAGUGGGGUUGGUUUAGGGGGUGUGCCUCCGAUCGUGCUGGAGUUGCCGCUGUGCAGGGGCCAGAGGCUCACCCUUAAAUUGACACAAGGAAGAUUGUUUACUUCAUCGAGGAACACAGCACUAUUAUGCAAUAUGAAACCAGCCAACUGCUUUUUUGGCGCGGUCUCCUGGAGGAAGCACCGCCAUCAUUUUUUUUUUUUUUAUUUCUCGUAGUUUAACCCUCUUAUGCCUUUACCUCAAGUUGCUCGGCAGCACAAACCACCUUUGUAGGAA